CCCAUGCCCCCAACGGUAUGCGGCGGUGGUGGUGGCGGAGGUGGUGGGGGUACCGGUGGGGUUCCGCAGGAGACCCCCGCGGACAUUCACGCCAUGCAGGCCAGGAUACCCCACAGAUUCCGCGAUCCAGCCACGGCACCCCUGCGGAAGCUCAGCGUCGAUCUUAUCAAAACCUACAAGCACAUCAACGAGGUUUAUUAUGCGAAGAAGAAGAGAAGAGCACAACAGAUGCAGGGAGAAGAUGGUUCGCAUAAAAAGGAAAGGAAGCUUUAUAAUGACGGUUGGGACGACGACAACCACGAUUACAUUAUCAAGAAUGGGGAAAAGUUCCUCGAUCGAUAUGAGAUCGAUUCAUUAAUAGGUAAAGGCAGUUUUGGCCAAGUAGUAAAAGCAUUUGACCACGAAGAGCAAACGCAAGUGGCAAUAAAAAUCAUCAAGAAUAAAAAACCUUUUCUAAAUCAAGCGCAAAUCGAAGUUAGGUUAUUGGAAAUGAUGAACAGGGCGGAUACAGACAACAAGUAUUAUAUAGUUAAACUGAAGAGGCAUUUUAUGUGGCGAAAUCAUUUAUGUUUGGUAUUCGAAUUGCUAUCGUAUAAUCUCUAUGACCUACUUAGGAAUACAAAUUUUCGAGGUGUCUCGUUAAAUUUGACAAGAAAAUUUGCACAGCAACUGUGUACUGCCCUCUUGUUCCUGUCUACGCCGGAAUUGAACAUCAUUCACUGUGAUCUGAAACCUGAGAACAUUCUUUUGUGCAAUCCCAAACGAAGCGCGAUAAAGAUAGUCGACUUCGGCAGUUCGUGUCAACUUGGUCAAAGGAUAUAUCAGUAUAUCCAGUCCAGGUUUUACAGAUCUCCAGAAGUUCUGUUAGGAAUACCAUAUGACCUCGCGAUAGACAUGUGGAGUUUGGGAUGUAUUUUGGUAGAAAUGCAUACAGGAGAACCUUUGUUUAGUGGGGCCAAUGAGGUCGAUCAAAUGAACAAAAUUGUCGAAGUAUUAGGCAUGCCACCAAAACGUAUAUUGGACCAAGCGCAUAAAGCGCGGAAAUACUUUGACAAAGUCCCCACCGAUGGCUCGUAUGUGCUGAAAAAGUCCAAAGACGGUAAAAAGUAUAAACCUCCUGGUACAAGGCGGUUACACGAAAUUUUGGGCGUUGAAAGUGGCGGUCCUGGUGGUAGAAGGAUAGGUGAACCUGGUCACUCCAUUUCUGACUACCUCAAAUUUAAGGACCUAAUUCUACGAAUGUUGGAUUUUGAUCCAAAGACGAGAGUUACGCCAUACUACGCGCUUCAGCACAAUUUCUUUAAGAGAACAGCCGAUGAGGGGACCAACACGAACAUUGCUGCUGCGAAUAGUGCAAAUACAAGUCCAGCAGUGGUGUCUAUGAGCCAGGAUCAUGGACUGGUAACCAUGUCAGGACAGGGCAGCAGCAGCAGCGGUAGUCUGAUGCAAGUGUCAAGCCUCCCUGGUAGCUAUCAACCCAUGGAAUGUGAGGCUUCACCUCGUCAUUCAAGUAGUCGGCGCGGCAUAACAACAGGCUAUCCAUCAACAUCAGCCACUGGGGUGUCUGCGUCCACUUCAAUGUCCAUGCAGCCCAUGGACAACAACUCGCUGAUACCAAGCUCUCUUGGAUCGUACAAUAGCCUAAUUCUACCUGGUAUACCCCAUCUGCCUGCGAUGAUGACCUCACCGAUGAUACAGCAGCAAAACUUCUAUAAUUACGGUUACUCGACGACCGAUACACAUGGGAUGGUUAGACAGCCGUCGACGGUCUCAACCGGUAAACAGAGAGAUCCGGAAAGGGAAGAUAGCCCUAUGGUUGGGGUGUGCGUCCAACAAAGUCCAGUCGCUAUCCAUUGAAUUAGAAAAGGAAAUAACGGAGGACAAUACAGAUGUUACGAUCGUGGGACCGUAGAAAACUAUUAAACGGUUACGAAUCGAGCUCGUGGCAUGUUUAGAGUAUUGUCGUGGCGUCAACGAAGAAGAGAAGAAAACUAGGAAAGGAAGCGUACAGCUUGAAGUCGUCCCCAAACAUUAGUUUAUCAAGUACCAAGACAAGUAGUGUAAUAUUAUUGAUCACUAUGACAGUGAACCCUAUAGCUUUUCGGAAUUGGUUUGACUGAUCGACGUAGAGAAGAAGAAAAUGAAGAAGAAAAAUGAAAAGACGAUGACGAUGAAGAGGAAAUAGGACAAAAAGGAAACAAAAGAAAAAUGAAAAAGAUGAAAUUACAUGGAAAAACGCGUAUUCCAAAGCAAAUCACAAACGAAGCCUUCGUCUCUGAACCAAGAGAUAUUAUACCAGAAUGGAGACGUACUUUAAGCGUGAUAACAUUUAAUGACGCCGUGAAGAUACUGAUAAGUAGGAAAAAGCUAAGAAAAGGAAAGAACGAGGGUAACCUCUUUUUCUGUUACUUUUUUUUACAUGCUGACUGGCCCUAUAUUGGGCAUGAAUAUAAUAACUAGCACAGAAGAUUUAUGAAACUUUUCGAGCACGGACAGACAGUUAUGGUCUAGUGAGGAUGAACCCAGCUGGCCUCGUGGGUCCUGCCCGAUUCUGUAGACACUUUGAACAGUUUAGUCGAUAUAACAUUAAGAAGAAGCAGAAGGAAGGGGGAAAAAAACAAAAAAAAAAAAAAAAAAAAAAAAAAAAAAAAACAAAAACAAAAACUUUCGGCACCCAAACUGUGUGGCCUAGAGAGCAAAAAAGUGAUAAUUACUAUUAUUGCCGCGUAAAAAGAAGGAAGAAGUAAGAA